GCCACUUCGCGAUGCGUGCCGGUAUGGCGGUGAUUGUGGUGUUGGCUGAAACGAAAGAGAACGGCGCAGCAUGCUGUCAUGUUUAAAUGCAAUUCAAUUGCCUCGACAUGCGCUCUGCGUAGCCGCGAACAACGCGGACGCGCGAAAACGGCUGGCUUCCAGCAUCCUGGCGAACGCCGGCGUGCGCGCCGCCCCGCGUACGGACACGGCUGCGCUGGCGUUGGCCAAUCGGCGGCGGGUGAGUUGGAGAGGGGAAGAGCACUGAGGGGAAGCACGACCGCGCUGUGCGCAGGGGCCAGCAGUCUCACUCCGGCAGUCGACGAGUUUGGACGCUCCCGUCUCCUUCUUCCGCUAUGGCCAGGACAAAGCAAACCGCCCGCAAGAGUACCGGCGGGAAGGCUCCGCGUAAGCAGCUUGCCACCAAGGCUGCUCGCAAGAGUGCACCUGCCACCGGCGGUGUCAAGAAGCCGCAUCGUUAUAGGCCGGGCACCGUGGCCCUGCGUGAAAUCCGUCGUUACCAGAAGUCGACCGAGCUGCUGAUCCGCAAGCUGCCGUUCCAGCGCCUGGUGAGGGAAAUCGCGCAGGACUUCAAGACCGACCUGCGAUUCCAGAGCUCGGCUGUGAUGGCUCUUCAGGAGGCUAGCGAGGCCUACCUGGUCGGUCUCUUCGAGGACACCAACCUGUGCGCCAUCCAUGCCAAGCGCGUUACCAUCAUGCCCAAGGACAUCCAGCUGGCCCGCCGCAUCCGUGGCGAGCGUGCCUAAGUUCGACCGCUGUCUGCACCGCGCAGCCUUGCGUCAGGCAAGCAACACAAAACGGUCCUUCUCAGGACCACCUACAUGUCUGCUUCGGCUACGGGAAUACGCGAGACCACGUACUCCGAACC